AUGCUGCACUAUGGUGGCAAGACCCCGAAGAGGCACUAUGCCUUUUCAAACAGCAGGCAUGUGGCAAAGCUGAACGCUGGAAAGCUGACGGGGUGGGCCAAGCGGAAACGGGCUCUUGAGUCUUUGGGGCAAGGCACCAAGCUGGUUGACAAGUACGUGGAUUCCCAAGGGAAAGCUAGGUGGAAAGGCAACAAGGAACUUCGUGGAAGUGAGAACUAUCCGGCAAAGUUUGGCUGCAAAUUGGUAGAGCUGUUUGACCUCAUGAAAGCGGAGAAGAGUGGACUGCCCGAGCUUCCAUCUGAUCUCCCUUCAACUGAGGAAAUCUUUGAAAGCAUGACGUUUGAAGAUAAUUGGUCUGAGUCCUGGGUAGUGGAGGUUUGCCAUUAUUUACGAGGGGGUAAGCAUUUGCGGAUUCCCCCAAGCUUUGUAAAGCUACUGCCAAAAAGGCUGUAA